AUGGAAUCAAUGGAGAACGUUUUCGGAGCAAGAAUGGAAGAUCAGCAGCUUGACUUGCCACCUGGUUUUCAAUUUCAUCCAACAGAUGAAGACCUCAUAAAUUGCUACCUCAUGAAGAAGGUUGCUGACAGCAGCUUCUCUGAUCUAGCAAUUGCUGAAGUUGAUAUGAACAAGUGUGAACCAUGGGAUUUGCCUGGGUUGUCUAAAAUGGGUGAGACAGAAUGGUACUUUUUCUGUGUGAGAGAGAGAGAAAGAAAAUACCCAAAUGGUCUAAGGACAAAUUGGGCCACUGAAGGUGGUUACUGGAAGGAGGUCACAGGCGACUACAAUGGGGUACUCAAUGAAGCAGAUUUGAUUGGGAUGAGGAAAACCUUGGUUUACUAUAAGGGAAGAGCACCAAGAGGAGAAAAGACAAACUGGCUCAUGCAUGAAUACAGAUUGGAUGGGAUAUAUUCUCAAUUUUAUCCAUCCAAAUCUAGAAAGGGUGAAUGGGUUAUAUGCAGAGUCUUUGAAAAGAUUAUUUGUGAAAUGAAUAUGGAUGAUCCAGAGUUUGAGUUUGAGUUUGAGCAGUUCCAAUUACCUUCAUUGAUGGAUUCUUCUCCAUACAACACUGCCGGUGAAUUGUCUCAUGCAAAAAUAUUUAUCAUAGCCAAGUCCAUAACACUUUAUCCAUAUGUUGUCAAUGGUCUUGUUAGUUAA